AUGUCUUCCGAGGCCUCAUCAGCUUCACCCAAAGACAAUGGAAUGUCUAUUCCGACAAUUUGUCUCGACUCCCUCAACGAAUCUCGCCCGCAUUUGGAGAUAUACUUUGGGAAUUCUGAUUCCGACUCACAUUCCAACGAAGACCAUCAGACUUUCAGCCAUAAUGUUGCCAACUUUUGCUCGUGGCUAUCUUGCUUCGGUGCCCAAAGGAGGUUUAUUGUUGCCGCCGUACUUCUUUCACAAUGUGAUCCUGGCUUUCGUCAAGCUGCGAUUCAGCUGUUUCAAACGAAUUCUUCAUCUCCGUCCAACGGCAUUCCACAAGAAGUUGUUGGUGAUAGUACCGAAUUCGAUCACCUAGCUUUGCUUCAGUCGUCUUCACUGACACCAACAGCACUCCUCGAUCAACUGUGGUCAUUACUCGGUCACCUCAUUGCUUCACGGACGCCAGUGUCUCCCAGCAAAGGGGUGCCCAUAACUCUGUGGAACCAAUCCAGAAGGUCUUCAGAGCUUGAUUCACUUGAAAACGUAAUAACUUCGGCAGAUCAACAGCGGGAUCGAAUACUAGGGUUAAAGAAGCAUUACUUGCGGUUAUUCACGGAACUGCUUUGUCAUUCUGACAAUUUAUCAAGUACUUUAGCCUUUCAAGACGACGCGCUGCUUUCAUCCUCUUCUCAAGAUUCUUCACUAAAAGAAUCAGUUGUUCAGUCACUAGUGGGACAAAUGCUGUUGAGAACCCUAUUGCAUCCGCUAUUCACCAUGGAUGAACGAAAUCAGCUCUUAAGUACUUUGCGAAGUCAUCGCCAGUCGGCCUGUCCAGACCCAUCAAAACAUCGCGAUGAGCCUUGCGCGCAACAGCAUGUGGAUUUAUCUCCAUCACUGAGAUGUUUGGAUGUGUUACUCGAACUGGCGUCAGAUGUGUUUUCAGUGGUACACUCGUUGGCCUUGAGCUCUGAACACCACAUGUCCUCGCUCUCGCACUCUCUCACUUCUUCGGGAUUCCUCUCUGGUGGCGGUGGAUCAGGCAGUCAGUACGAUUUGCUUUCGGAAGCCACAAAUUUCAACGGGAAUUCUACUACAGGUCCACAUUAUGGUACUUUGUUAACAGUUCCAACGGCAGACUGUCGUAACGGACCAAAUCACAUGGUCUCCAGUCCAAGUUAUCAUUCCGCUCAGGUGGCCUGGAAUCCAGGGUCCGGUCAGCGUCGCCUAUCUGAUGGUUCUUGCGUACUUGAUACGCUUUCAACCGCACUUACCCCCAGCAUGGAGUCUGGUCACACCCCGAUGUCUCGGGUCGGUAACUCAAUGGUUUGUAGCUCUAGACUCACAGGUCACACGUGCAUCGCUGAAAAAGAAUCUCCGGUUACUGCAUUUCCGUCGCUUGCAAACUUUCCCCCGCAUGCUUCGGUUGGAAGAUCUAUGGAGCAGACUGCGGAUUCAGUCUCACUUAGUAGCGCAAGUUCAACACUGUCGUACAGCUUUGAGUAUGGUACCGCUUAUCGCCACGGAUCUAGUGUAUCGCCCACCGCUCCUUCUGGCAAUCCAGACGGCUCGAAACCUGAAGAGACCGUCUCAUUGCCUCCAUCGCCAUCGGGCAUGGCCGUUCUGAUUAAAAAUGAAGUUCGCUUGUCAGUUCCGUCAUCUGUCAAAACUUCUGAGAUGUGCCCUUCACCUGCCUUCUAUACUUUGGGAUGUGCACUCCACGGAUCUGAACCAGAUUUCAGUCCACAGUCCCAGUCUCUUCAUCCUCCCACCGUGUUGCCCGGUGUUUGCAGUUCUGCAAUUCCACGGACAUCCAGCCGCAGUUGCUGGGCUGCUGUAUUUGGUUAUCCGGUCGAACCUCGGCUGAACACGGAGCAGACGAUGGGAGGUUGGCCAAUGAAUACCUAUACGGAUCCUAACCCCGGAAUGGGUGGUGAGUAUCACUUGUUUGGAGGACUUGCAUUGUUAUCAUUUUCAAGGUCACUGAUUUCUACCCAUUUCGAUGAAGCAGCUCAGUGGUUGGAGCGUGAACUAAAUGAUCGGAAGGUCCAUGGUUCGAACCCAAUGUCGGGAUCUGGAUUGGUCCUGUCUAGGUUUCGUGGCACCAUACCGGCUUGGUUGAAGAGCUUGCGUCUGCACAAAUACGCUGGGCUCUUUGAGCGCUUGACCUAUGACGAAUUUAUGAACAUUACUGAAGCGUGGUUGGAAAGUCACAAUGUUACCCAAGGUGCUCGAACAAAGCUACUCCUAAAUAUUCGAAAGCUAGCAAUGAGAAGCUCCAACUUAUCACAAGCCGAAAACUCAUUGGUCCAAGCCCCCUCUACAGGACCUAGUGCCACAGCUGCCCUGCAGAACUGUCUAACCGAAGUAUGGAAUGUGCUUCAAACCCCACUCAAACCUUGCUCUGCUACCCUGGCCUCCCCCGAGGAACAUCAGACUGGCAAGCUAAACUGCGUGGUUGACCAUUCGAGUCACAAGAAUAAUGAGAUCAAAGACGGCGUUUGUCCAGCUUCCAAUGAAGAGAGUCGUCCGUCUGGUCUUGCGCAGAACUCACAGUCACCUGAUUUCGACAUCAGGAUAACAGCUUCUAAAAGUGCUGGUGACCUGAGCGGUGAUCACACAACCCGAGUCUGUUCUCGUCUGUUGGUCAGUUCUCAGCCAGAUUCAGAUUGUUUUGUGCGAUUCGUUCAGCUGUUGGAUAUCAUCGGCAAGCAUCCCGCAUUUUUGGACAAACACAGAAGCCUGACGGCCUCGUGGAAACAGCAGAUUUUCUCGCUGGAAAACUCACUGGCGAUCCAUAUGAGCACGGACCCAUCUCGACCGUCCCAUUCGGUUCCCAGAAUUCAUCACGGAAUCAAACUGGGCCGUAAGAAUCCAGCUUACAUGGGCUCAAGACACCAACACGCAGUGCGGAAACCUUCAGUCCACUCUGGAGAGAUUUUCUGUCCAAUGCCGUUAGCACCACAGUCGUCCGGUGAGAGAUUCGGCGCUGCUACCCAGGCGUUCUUUCCAGAGACAAUUGAUACCCAUGAGAAGUUGGAAGUGCCAGUACAGCCAAUGCAUUCGGUGUCCUCAGAACGUGUCUCAAGCUACAUUAUGGGUGGAGACGAUGGUUCUUGUCGGAGGCAUAGCGUCCCGAUCAACCAACUUCAAACAAUUCCCAUUCCACUGAAAUCUUGUCCUGGGAGACGAAUGCCAAGUCCGAAUCCAGGUUUCAUGCCCAGUCGAAAAUCAAACGCUAAUGUCAAUCUUUCUGCAGCAAAUACCUGUUCAGGCGCGACACAGGCUUCAUCCGACGUAGAUGUGUCACGCCUGUCUACACAGUUUCCGGGAGCACGAUUCCCUGGCCCUUCGAGUUUCGAGCAUUGCCUAUCCCAUGGCCUUCGACGCGCUCUUGUUCCACCCGCAACUGCCCCGCCCACAAGAAUGCCUUCACCAUCGGAUGUGCAGAGACAGGCAUUCUUCCCGCUUGAUUCGCCUUUAUCAAGCGGCCGACCGGUGUACCCGAGUUCGUUCAGUACGAGUAGGCUCACACUAGAUGAUUUGUCUCGGCCCGGGUUUUCGCCACAGUCACUUUCGAACGUAUCUGCUCAACCGUCAACCCUAACCGAGUUUGGCCAGCACCCAUGUGCCAAUGCACCGCAUCCGAAAACCGCGGCUUCCUCGGUGCAUCGAAAUGCUGCACCCUUGCGUCUCUCUCAUCCAGAAUCUGUGCGUCACACUACUGCGUCGAAUUCGAAAUCUACCUAUGGUUUGAAGCCUUCGUUGGCAGUUAUCCCGCCAAUGCUUGAUCUACCUGCCACGGACAAUGCAGCUCCGUCACAAGGAUAUCAACCGAACUAUGCACAGCUACCAGAUAAACAGAUCAUUCAGGUGGAAGAUCAAAGGUCUUUCCAACCGGAUACAUUCUCUUCAGGAUUUCACAACUAUCCUGGUCGGUUAAACUGUUUGUGCGGCCAGCCGUCACUCAGACCUGAUCAGCCAAAGAACACCGAUACGCAUUGGACUUCUGUGCCAAACCAAGUGUACCUCGAUGCCUAUACGGCGGAAAGUAGGAGCCGAACAGAUGGGCCGAGCAAACACCCAGGAGUGGAUGACCGUAUGGAAUGUAUCGAACAUGAUCUGGAGUUACUAACCCGAAACGUGACCGAGCUAGCUAUCGGCGAUUUCGACUCAGCAGCAGAAUGACGAGACCAAUCAGGCGUAGACCCACCUGGAAUCGAAUUCGAUCUCAUAUGAUCUCUCACUACAGCAUAUGCUUCCCUGUACCCAUUUGUGUCUGCAAGCUGGUCUUGUGUAGCUCUUUGCGCUCUGAGCAUCAGUGCAUUUGCUAUUUGCUGGACACCACGAAGGCUUCCCCACAACUGUACCCCUACUUUACUCUGGACCUCCUCAACAGUGUUACUUUUCGUGGGAACCUGUGGUUUAUCUCUUGUUGCUGGUCAAUUAAAUUGUCCUUUAUCCCACGAUUCUCAACCAUGCGUAUGUGUUUCUUUUUCGAUGAACAGUAUUUAUAUCCAACCCGGACCCUGGGAUCUUGGUUAACUUAUUUAUUGAUUUUUCUUACUCUACUAACCAUCUGUGUGAUUCUGUUUUUAUCUGUUCUAAUACUUGAUUUCUUAUUCUCUGGUGCUUGCCAUAUGUCCUUCUUUGCCAACCUUGCACACAAACCGCCUGAUUUUUUGACUCGCGUCGACUGGAAUCGACCCGAUAUAACCGCAUUUUCGUCCGCAAACUCAAGCACGGAUACCGACUACCGCGCCAUUUCUGCUCAUCCUUUGUUGGUUUCGUUCACAGGCAGGACCUAAUCACUUUCCUGGUCAUUAUUUUGUUUCCGUUGUGCGGUGGAUUACCUUCUUUAUUUCGCUUACCUCAAGACCAAGUUUUGUAUCAUGCUGGCCGCAAUUCUUAUCCCCCCUCUGAUGUUGUUGCCUCGGCUACUUGCUUAUCUCUCUGUUCAAAUGCGUAGCUUCAUAAAACUAUUACACAAG